AUCUCCUCUUCUUACGCGGCCAUUCCCAUUUCCCUGGCCGAUUGCCGAGUCUCCCCCUCCGCAGCCCGAUCGGAACGGGUUUGUUUCCUUCCUGCAUCGCGGCAAACAAUCACCAAGAUGUCACCGUAAUGCCCAGGAACUGAUUUCUCAGACAAUCAUAUUUCCCGAGUGUGUUCCCCGGACAGUGUUCCCUGGACAAAAGAGUUUCCGCUAGGUUUGCUUCCAAAUAACUGACCGGAGCAUUUUACACCCAGACCGGGCUACUUAGGAGAAGGGAUGCCGCGAGUCAUGUCGACUUCUAGAAGAUGUCUAAGACUGGGCGUCGUUUCUGUCCAGGUCACUCACUUUCCAGGAUGCGAUAUCAAACAACAAAGAAAAGCAAACGUCAAACUUCUCAGACCCAACUUAACGAUGAACGGCGGGAAGACUUGCGUAUGAUAGAUAGGAGUAUCCGACGCCACGCUCCGCUGUACGUCUCGAUCGAAGACGAAUACUUCGAUGAGCCGGAUACCCCGGACUGCACUCUAUGCCGGGGCGGCAACGAGCACAGGACGCGAGCCUGUUUCGAACUAGGGGGAACCUCGGAAUACUUGCUAACAUGCCAGCUUCAACGUAUUUGCCGACAAGCUGGGGCCCAGGAGUCCGAGCUCGUCGCGGUGGGAUGCCCAGUUGAUGGAUGGGCAGCAAAGGGAACCUCGAGAUACAAGGUUCUGGACCGGGCGUUCUUCCUCUAGCUUCAGACGAAACAGUCCCUUUAUUCCUCUCUUGUCAAUCGAAGCAACGUGAUCCGCGGGAGGGGUGAGCGUCCCCAUCCCAUGCAAGCAACAGGGCCCCUUUCCUCUCUUCUUAACCCAAACCCAUUUCAUCCAGCGCGUCUACCGCCACUUUACCUACCCGACCGGCUUCCCAUCCGCCAACUUUCUCAUUCCAGUUCUUACAUCGACGAAAUGCAGAUGCCUCUGGCGACGACCCAGGCGAGAUUAUGCGGGGACCAAGCUCAAAUGUCCAGUUGGAGCAAGACGACUCUUAUCUACCCGAAGUCUGGGCUUGGUAUGCCAUCGGCGUCUUCGUAAUACUUCUCCGAUACGCGGUGCGACUCCGAACCGUUGGCAUCCAUGGGCUCCGCGGCGAUGAUUACCUUGCUUUGCCUUACCUCGUGCUAUACAGCAUCAACAUGUACGUUGUACAAAUCACGUAUUACACAGGCGGGAACAUCGAUAUCACCGCCGACAUGGUACCGAAGUUGUCGGACCACGACGUCGAAAUUCUUGAACUCGGUUCGAAGCUCGAGUUUCUCUCCUGGUAUUCGUACCCGGGCUGCAUCUGGGUCUUGAAGUUCACGGUAUUGUUCUUUUACAAGCGUCUGACGAUGGGGUUAUUCAGGAGGCGAGCCAUGAUUGGGCUCUUUUGGUUGUGCGGCCUGUCGUACAUCGUCUUGUGCAUGACGGUGACGCUCAGCUGUUUUGGAUUUUCCGAUAACUGGCGAAUCCGGCCAUUGCCAGGCCCUGAAUGCACGUUCCGACCGCAGAACUUCUGGGUACUGCUCUGGCUCAACAUUCUCACCGAUGCGGCGCUCCUCACCAUCCCCAUACCGAUCCUGUGGCACCUCCGAGUAUCCCUGAAGCGGAAGAUUGGCGUCGCCAUCCUGCUAUCGUCGGGCGUAUUCGUCAUAUCGACGGCGGUCGUGCGAGCGAUAACGACGCUGGGUGGCGCGCCAUCCAUCAUCAACAUCAACCGAUGGGGGUUUCGCGAAACUGCCGUGGGUCUCAUCACCGUCACCCUGCCUGUAUUGAGCCCCCUGGCCACCAGAGCGUUCUGGCGUCGAGGCCCGUACAUCCGAGACUACUACGACCGAAUCCGGGGUCCUCGGGAGCAGAACCAUGCGCGGUUCGGCAACUGGCUCGGCACUGUAAUCCUGAGGUACGUCGACGAGGAGGACGGCACAAUCCCUAGGAGUUCCAGCGCAGCGAAGCAACUGGGAGAAGAGGGACACGGUGGAGAACAGGCCGCGCCGGCCGAGUCGAUUCGAAAGGGCAGCUCGGAAAUCUACGAAAUGAUGACGAAGAGCGUCGGGACGAGCACGAUGACUAUGGAUGGGAUCGAGGAGGCAUGACAGUCAGUCAUGCGGUGAGAGCUUUCCGGCGUUGGAGAGGGAGGAAAAUCGCAGGGAUC